AUGGUAUAUAGCCCAUCGACUCAGGAGUGGCUAAAACCCACAGCAAUUUUGAAACAGAUCCAAUUGCCCGAUUACUGGGAGGCUGAGAGGCGGGAACGGCCAGUUACAUUGUGCGUCACCGGUAUCGGCGAUACAAAUAGUUCCCCAGCAAGCAGUCCUGGACAGAUCACGGAGGACAAUCCUGUUGCUUCCUUGGGAUAUUUCGGACCGGAGACCCUGCCGGACUCGGACGGAGACGAUGUUUUACCAAUACACCGGAAACUCAAUAACACCGCAACAACAAAACAGAUCGGAAAUCCUAUGUUCUCAGAGGACCCAGCGAAUUCAACACCACGAAGGCCUAGGUAUAGGACUAGGCAACAGCUCUCCAAUCCCUCAGGUUCCUCGGAAGAAUCCAAAACAAAUAGCGAACCCCAAAUCCUGCAAUCGGUCAGUGCUCCUGUGAUGGAGAGUAUCAUAUCUACGUCAAAUAUGCCUCCCUCUUCCACAACAAUGAACCAGAGAUCCUUACGACAGAACCAUCGAAAUACCAUUAAUGACAACCGACAAGGAGCAGGGACUGCAGACGCGCCACUGUAG